CUUCAUAUACUCCGAUUUUAAAGCCAUUAUAGGCUCUAUUGCGUACGUAGUCGCCGUAUAAAGUCGGCGAAGGCCAGUUUUGGUGAUGUCACGAGCCGAUUACGGAUUUGGCGGGGUCAGCGGCGGAUCCGCCACCCAAACUGAGCACUGACCUACAGCGACUACACCAUAGGCUGCAUUUGCGCGCUCCCUAUCGAGAUGGCCGCCGCCCAAGCCAUGCUUGACCGUUUUCACAAGUCCCUACGCAAGAAGCCAAACGACAACAACGCCUAUAUCCUAGGCAGCAUUGGCCCGCAUAACAUCGUUGUCGCCUGUCUGCCGACGGGUGGCUAUGGCACAAGUAACGCCGCCGUCAUUGCUACCAACCUUUUUCGAUGUGUGUUUGCUCGUCGGCGUUGGCGGCGGCGCCCUUGGCAAAGCUGACGUUCGCCUUGGCGAUGUUUUAGUCAGCAACGCGGUAGAGCAGUAUGACAUCGGCACGACGGGGCCCGAUGGCCUCCGAAGACGUCGAGUCCAGUACCAGCCACCCCAAGAACUACGAACAGCCAUCUCGAGAUUGCGAGCUCAGCAUGAGUUCGGCCAGAGCAGGCUAGCCGCCGUUCUAUCCGAGAUGGGACGACAGCAUCAGCCCAUAGCAAAUACGCGCACCGGAAUUCACUCGAGGACUUCGUCUUCGAGAGCACUACGACCAUGUUGGAUCGGCGAGCACAAGCCGCUAACGACCGCCUCCAGAACAAGAAUCUUCAUAAGCUCGCCGCACAGAGUUGCUCAAGUCGCUAAGGUUCAAGGAUAUGGGUUCCCGCUAUGCAAAUAUCAAAGCUGCGCAUGCAAAAACAUGCCAGUGGCUGCUCCAGCAUCCUGCGUACGUGGAUUGGUUAGAUCCUAACAAGCUCUCUCAACACUCUAGCAUUUUGUGGAUCGACGGAAAGCUUGGCACCGGCAAGUCAACGCUCAUGAAAUUUGCUUACGCCGACGCGCGGUCGAGAGAGAGGGGCUCCGACGAGGUCGCUAUCACCGCAUUCUUCUUCAACGCGAGAGGGAGCGACAUGGAGGAGUCGGUAGAGGGCAUGUAUCGGGCUUUGGUUCUUCAGCUCCUGGACAGGUGGCCAAAUCUCUAGCACCCAUUCGACGAUCUGGAGCCAGU